CCUUUUGGCUUUUGCAGUUUGCACAUUUUAAUUUUUGUGGAACAGCUGAUUGGUGGUCGAUCGAAUUGAGCUUGGUGGUGAAAAAAAUAAAUUACCUUUAUUUCCAUGAAAAGUGAAUUAAAAGGAAAAUGGAUGUAGUUGGACUUUUAAAUAAUAUCAAUGAUAAAUCUGACAUGUUCGCGGUUAAAACUUGGACAUCGGAAUGGACGAAUAGCUUCCAAGAUAAUCAAUUACUUUGGUCCUUCUGCGGAUGCGUUGUAGUUUCUCUGUUAGUAAUAGUCUUCUACUACUAUCGGCGAUGUCGGACAAAAGAAUUAUCAGGAGGCACAGGCACCACUGCUACAGGCGAGCCGGCCAAACGAUUCCGAAAACGAGACAAGAUGCUGUUCUAUGGUCGACGCAUGCUGAGGAAGGUGAAGUCGAUCUCCAACUCCGGGCAGGGGAGAAAGCGGCGAGCCGUCAUGCGGUUCGCGAGGAAACUGCUGCAGCUGAAGAAGGAAUCUGCUCCUGAACAACUAAAGGUUCUAGAACCACCGGCGGAGUAUUUAGAGGAGGAUCUGACGAGCGAUGACCGCGUCCCCCCAGACGCCUUGUACAUGCUGCAUAGCAUCAGAGUGUUCGGACACUUUGAGAAGCCGGUCUUCUUGAUGCUGUGCAAGCACACAGAGAUACUUAACCUGCCCGCUGGCUCUUUUCUGUUUAAAGUGGGAGACACAGACGAGAAUGUAUAUGUGGUACAGAACGGUCGAGUCAACGUGUACAUAACCAACCAAGACGGCACCAGUCUGUCCUUGAAGGUGGUCCGCGCGGGCGAGAGUGUUACUUCCCUACUCAGUUUCACUGAUGUGUUGACGGGUCAUUCUCAACCAUACAAAACAGUGAACGCCAAAGCUCUAGAAGAUUCUCAAGUGAUAAAGCUGCCCAUGCGCGCUUUUCAGGAGGUUUUCAAAGAAUAUCCCGAUAUAUUUGUUAGGGUUAUACAGAUUAUAAUGGUGCGCCUACAGAGAGUGACAUUCACCGCACUGCACCAAUACCUCGGUCUCAGUGCUGAGUUGGUUAAUCCAAGCGAGCGACAUUUAAGGCAGCAUUUAUGGCAACCGAUCUAUCCACCACUAUAUGAACAAUUGGGCCGUGACAAAAGACGUCCCAUGACAACGGCAUCGCCGGGCAAGACUAGCAAGAUUGUGGUCGACUGCGGUACCUCCAUGCAUUCGCCACACCAUAGCGAGAAGAACCUUCUAGAUCACAUGCAGGAAGGUCACCAGAGCUCGUCGCCCAUCCACAUCCAGGGCAGGAAGCCGCGCCCGGACAUGGUCCCUGACAUUACGUCUAACACCCCACAGAACACUCCGCAGCAACAGCCGGACGUCCAGCCGACUUCUUCAUUCCAAAGAGCGAAAGAAGGAUCUUCUUUCAAGAAGCACAAUACAGAUAAUAUGGAUGAGCAGGCUCUAAUUCAAAUAGCAACGGAGGCGUUCGUCAAAGAGUUGGGUCUUGACAACGAUCAGAUACUCAAAGGCAAUGUCCAAGUGAGGGAUCUACCGGCCGGUACUUAUAUCAUGAAAGAGGAAAGUCAUAAGGACGUAGCUCUAGUGUAUUUACUGUCGGGAGCUUUGCUCGUAUCGCAAAAAGUGGCUGAAGGUGACGGUGAAGUUCACAUGUUCACCGCAUACCCUGGUGAAGUAGAAGGUGGUCUAGCAGUGCUGACGGGAGAGCCGAGUUUCUUCUCCAUACGAGCGAAACACUUCUCUCGCAUAGGGCUCCUGUCUAAGACCACAGUUUACAGCAUUAUGAGAGAGCGGCCUGCGGUUGUGCUACAUAUAGCCAAUACUGUUGUACGGAGACUGUCACCGUUUGUGAGACAAGUGGACUUCGCUUUGGAUUGGGUUUUCCUCGAGUCAGGCCGCGCGGUGUACCGUCAAGACGAGGAAUCUGGUUCAACGUUUAUCGUCCUGAGUGGACGACUGCGUUCCGUUAUCACUCAUCCUAACGGGAAGAAGGAACUCGUCGGCGAAUACGGCAAGGGAGAUCUUGUUGGAAUCGUAGAAAUGGUGACGCAAACUCGACGCAGCACCACAGUGAUGGCGGUGCGCGACUCCGAGCUGGCGAAGCUGCCAGAAGGCCUGUUCAACGCGAUCAAGUUGCGCUUUCCCGUCGUGGUCACGCGCCUCAUCAACUUGCUGGGCCACAGGAUCUUGGGCUCGUGGCAGAAACCCACGGCGGGAUUGGGAGGUGCAGCAGCCAUAGAGUCGCGGCCGUCGCAGCACAACUUCUCCACGGUGGCCGUCGUGCCGGUCAGCGACGACGUGCCGCUCACCGCCUUCACCUACGAGCUCUACCACUCGCUGUGUGCCAUCGGGCCUACAGUUCGUCUAACUUCCGAUGUGAUCAGAAAGCUGCUUGGAUUGACAAUCAUGGACCCGAAUAACGAGUACCGCCUCAGCUCUUGGCUCGCGCAACAAGAGGACAAACACAAGGUGGCAUUAUAUCAAUGCGAUCCGAGUCUGACGCAGUGGACUCAGAGGUGCAUCCGCCAGGCGGACUGCAUUCUGAUAGUGGCACUGGGCGACAAACAACCCAGUAUUGGCAAAAUCGAAAAAGAAAUCGAACGCCUAGCGAUUCGAACGCAGAAGGAACUGGUCCUCCUGCACAGGGAGGGUGGGCCCAACCCCUCGGGCACGGUGCACUGGCUCAACAUGCGCACGUGGGUCAGCCAGCACCACCAUGUGAGGUGUCCGCACCGUAUGUUCACUAGGAAGAGCCAGUAUAGAAUUAGCGAGCUGUACAGCAAGGUGCUGAUGUCGGAAGCGAGCGUGCACUCCGACUUCUCGCGACUCGCGCGCUGGCUCACCGGCACCGCGGUGGGGCUGGUGCUGGGGGGUGGCGGCGCGAGGGGCGCGGCGCACGUCGGCAUGAUACGCGCCAUACAGGAAGCUGGCAUUCCAAUCGACAUGGUGGGCGGCGUGAGCAUCGGCGCGUUCAUGGGCGCGCUGUGGUGUAUGGAGCGCAACAUUACUUCAGUCACGCAGAAGGCUAGAGAGUGGUCACAGAAAAUGACCCAAUGGGGCAAACAGCUCAUGGAUCUGACAUACCCUGCCACGUCCAUGUUCUCUGGACGUCAGUUCAACACAACCAUCAAGUCCACCUUCGGAGAGGUGCACAUCGAGGAUCUGUGGCUGCCGUACUUCACCGUGACCACAGACAUCAGCUCCAGUUGUAUGAGGGUGCAUAGACAUGGUUCCCUGUGGCGGUACAUACGCGCCUCGAUGUCGUUGAGCGGGUACAUGCCCCCCCUCUGCGACCCUGUAGACGGCCACCUCCUAUUGGACGGCGGUUAUGUCAACAACCUCCCAGCCGACGUGAUGCGGUCACUGGGUGCUAAGCAUAUCUUGGCCAUCGACGUCGGUUCCCAGGACGACACAGAUCUCACAAAUUACGGCGACGACCUGUCUGGCUGGUGGUUGUUAUGGAAACGGUGGAAUCCGUUUACAACUCCAGUGAAAGUGCCAAAUCUUCCCGACAUCCAAAGCAGGCUUGCCUACGUGUCGUGUAAUCGACAAUUGGAGGAGGUAAAAACAUCGGACUACUGCGAAUACAUCCGUCCUCCGAUAGACUCGUACAAGACGCUUCAGUUCGGCUCGUUCGACGAGAUCCGCGAAGUUGGCUACAGACACGGCUCGGCGUACUUCGAGGGGCAGAGGAGGGGUGGCGGCGGGGGGGUCAGCGGGGCGGCGGCGGAGGGGAGGAAACACGAUGCCCACCAGCCGGCUAUAACUGACUACACGUUCACGGACCUGGCACAGAUGGUGUGCUCGGUGCGCACGGCGCGCGACCACGACAACGAGUCCUCGUCGUCGUCCGACUACGAGGACGACCAGAGACACUUUGAGGGGUACGCGUCUGAACCUAGCGCGGGGAUCCUCGAGAUGUCAUCGAGUGUAGAGGACGGCGCUGCGUGGAUCAGCGACACGGAACUGGUGCGCACUUAUUGAGCUGCACGAGUCACAUUAGUUUGGGAGGGUCUGCGCACUCGGCGCGUGGGGGGUUCCCUCUCCCUCUCCGAGGACGAGAUCGACUCCGAAGCGGAGGUGUAUGACCCCCUGAACAAGCGAGGCGGGGGUAGAUGAGACCCGACCAUGCACGAUCUGUGCAAGGCGCUGUUUAAAUAUGUGCAAGAGGACCGCGAGUGCAGUGACUAGUGAACUGUUAGUACCAAUUGACAGGAAUUUGUUUUUUUUUUAAUACACCGUGCUAGUUUUACUGUCGGUAAGCCGCCCCGACAGUUAUGAGUCCAAUACAAGAAACCCCUUAACAAUAUUAAAAAUGACCUCAAGCUAAUUUAUCACUAUCAAAAAAAAAUAAUUUAUGAAAAAAAAAAUCAAACAUCCUGUUUAAUUCUAUUUCGUAAGUAUGAAGUCAUUGAACUUUGACCUAGUUUAGGCUAAAAUCGCAUCGCGGCGAAUAGGUAGGUGUUUGAAAAUACAGGAUGUUUUAAAAUUAUCGAUGUAUGAAAGUUUGUUACAAUCGUAACUCCUUGAAUUGUAUUUUCUUUUUUUUUUUUUAUAAUAACGCUAAUGGCUAAUAUACAUUAGGUAAAUUAUGAGGGAUUUUGGUUUAGGACGAAGGAACUUUCACGGUGUAUAUUUUUUUUUAAUUUUGAAAGUUCAAAUAAGUAGUACACAAUUGUAUUUGUUCGUUUGCAACAAAAAAUGAUACUUUUGUACAACUGAUGAAUUUAUUUUUUUGCUUUUUUUCAACAUUAUUUUUCAGGUAUCUUCCAAAUAUAGGGCAGCUGACUAAAAUGUAAUACGAAGUUAUUUGUAAAGUUGUCAACCCUAUUUAUUGAAUACUAGCUGAACCUCGCGUUUUCACCCGCGUAGUUGCCAUUCCCGUGGGAAUACGGGGAUGAAAUAUAGCCUGUGUUACUCCUUCGUAAUGUAGCUUUCUAUUGGUGAAAGAAUUUUUCAAAUCGGCAAAGUAGUUUUGAGUUUAUUACUUACAUUCAAAAAAGAUUUGUUAUUGAGAUACGUACUUUAUAAUAUGAAUGUAAAUAAAGGUGUUACCACACUUAUAGGCAUGUGAGACUAUACUGAAAUAAAACAGUAGCAAUGGCGAAUCGUAAAUAUAUCUUAAGUCUUAUAAUAAUCUUCCUUGUAGUAUUUUAUUUACACUGAUGGUUAUUAAAAAUUGCGGAGGCAACAGUAGUUGAAUCCGUACCUUAUCUAGCAAUGUUGAUAAAGCCUUAAUAGCUUAAUGGUAAUGGGAUUGUACUGGAACAGAGAGGUAAUAGGUUCGAUCCCCGCCCGUUGGAUAAUAGUCCCUAAUAGUCUUUUCCGACUAGUUUGAUGGGAAUAAUGGUCAUAUCAAAAACAGAUAUAUGCCAAAUAUUCUUUAAAAAAAUGCUGUAAAUAGCUUCACUACAAUACACGUAGACAUUAAAUAUAUUAUUAUUAGUAUAAAUUCGUAUUGUAACGACAAUACUUAAUUUUAUUAUAUUAAAUUGAAUGAAAAUAGAUGUAGCGGUUAGAAAGUGCCAUAUUAUUGCAUUCCUACGAAACUAGGUAUUGAUAUGUGUACUUAUUUUAUUUGUGAAACAGGUAAACUAAUGUACUUAGACUUUGUAAACAAAACGAUAAAAAUCAACAAAUCUCAUUGUUUGUAUAAGCGACAUCUAGUGGCAAUACAAUGAAUGAUGAGUAAUUAAAACAAGUAUAUUCAAAAUGCUCAAAAUCGCCAUGAGUGCAAAUUUAUAUCAACUCAUGUGACGUCAGUAUUGUGUAUGGAACAAUUGCUAAACAUUUAUGUAUGUCUAGAUUAUUUUAACUUAUAUGUGUAACGUCUAUAGACAAAAGAGGCCUCAAAUGGUUCGCGCAAAGAUAUUUGCCGCUUGUCAGCCGUUCUCUCUGAUUUGGCUGAUGCUCUUUCGCGCGUCUCAAUGUGUUCAAAAUGUCUUUUCUAUGUGUCACGUUUGGCACUAAAACAUACACAAGAACAAAGAACACUUUGUGUAAAUAUGUCGAGAUACCAUGGUAAAAUAAUCUAGAUAUAACUUAUAAACAUUUGCCAUAAGAAUAACUAAGAAUACAGAAAAGAAACUGACAAUGCUUUUACGAGUAACAAGGUAAUUAAUGCCUGUACGUACAAAUUGUUUAAAAUGGGAAAUUCCUUCUCCAAUCUAGGUGUCUGUGUCUGAAUUAAAAUUCAUUUAUUUGAAGUCCUUAGGAUUAGCUUCAAAGCACUUAAAACUUUGAGUUUGUCUGUUUUUAGUUUUGAAUGUGUAAAUAUCGUAGACUCCUUAAUGGGCCUUCAGUGGGUUUUUGACGAGUGCAGAAGCAUCGCCUAAUUAGGGUCAAAGGAAGAGGAGAUGGGUGAAACGGCUUUCUCAGGGUGUCUUCUCUUUUUGGUACUAUAUAAAGUCUUGUGAUACUUCUUAGUUAUUCCUAUGCAUUUGCGUUAGUAUGUAAUGAAUUGUAAAGGACUGAAUAUGUAGCUUAUACUUUUUAGAUAGACUUAAGUUUGCCAACAAAGGCACAAAAAUGUAUAUGUAUUAACAAAAUACCAAAUGUUACUCAAAAAUAUGUCUCCUAGAUUCGAUUUAAUUAUUAAAUAAAUGCUCAAAGUUUUAUACAA